AUGGCUUUCCAGGCUCCGCCAGGGACUCACGGGGUGGCAGGCCCGGAUUCGCAGAGUCUUGCGCAACUCGCCAAACGCAUAUCCAUCCCCCUGACGCCUACGAGCCCAGCAGGCUUGGUAGAAGCAAACACGGUGGACCCUUGGGUAAAGUCGGGCCAGUAUGGUCGUGGUUGGACAUACUUCGCAUUGACUCUGAUGGGGAUGGUUCUGUUCGUGCGGUUCUGGCAUUUCUGGCAAGAUAAAAUCCGUCAGGCAAUCUACAAACAACAAGUGGAAGAGCACUACCGGAAUCUUUACAGCCUGGAGCCCGAAUGGGACAGGUCGGCCGCCUUGGCGACAGGCAACGCAUCGGGGAUGCAUUUCUUCCCCGAGGAGGGCAAGGAGGAGACGCCGUUUCGACCAAAGGCGCACUUCUCGUCAAUUGGAGUUGUCAACGGCACCCUCGCGCUGUUUAGAUGGAUAUUCUACCGGCCGAUUCCCGAUAUCGUUUGGCGGAAGCACCGAUUUACCUUCUCUUCGCUGGCUGUCUUGGCCUGCGGUAUUGUCGCGCUGGCAUUCGUCACCAUCUACUGCUUCCUACUCCAGCCUCUCUACUGGCAGAGCAUCCGGUUCGGGUCUCCCCCCUUGUCUAUCCGGUCCGGAAUGAUUGCGGUUGCCAUGACCCCCUGGAUAAUCGCGACGAGCACUAAAGCCAACAUUCUCACUAUCAUCACCGGAAUUGGCCCGGAGCGACUUAAUGUCAUUCACCGUUGGGCAGGCUAUCUGUGCCUGUUCCUAUCGCUGGUUCACGCCAUUCCCUUCUAUAUUCAGCCAGUUUGGGAGGACGGCGGAAUGGAGGUGUUCCAGACACUCUUCCCCCCAGGCAGUGGCAUCAUUUACGGCAGUGGCAUCGCCUGCCUGGUGCCGCUCGUCUGGCUUUGCGUUGCUUCGUUGCCCAUCAUCAGGAGGAAGGCCUACGAGGUGUUCGUAGUACUGCAUUGGCCAGUGGGCCUGCUAUACGUCGGUGUCCUCUUCUGGCAUACCAAGAAUUUCCUCAUGUCCUGGACUUACCUUUACGCGACGGUUGCCAUCCUCGUUUUCUGCUACUUACUGCGGGUUUUCAAACUGAACUGGAUCCGGCCGUGGCGCAUGUCCUUCAUGGUCGGAGACGAGGCUGCCAUCAACAUCAUGACCGAGAACGCCAUCAAGAUCACGAUCCCGACGCAGAUGAGGUGGCAGCCGGGCCAGUAUGUCUACCUACGCAUGCCGGGCAUCUCGUUCUUCGAGAACCACCCCUUCACAAUCUCCUCUCUCUGCAGUGAGGACUUCCCGUCCGAGUACGGAGAGCAGUACCGGGAUUGUGUCCUGGUCUUCCGGCCGUAUGGAGGCUUCACCCGCAAGGUCUUGGAGACAGCCAUUGAGAAGGGUCCAUACCACACAUACCGGGCCUUCCUUGACGGGCCGUACGGCGGUAUGCGGCGGGACCUCGCUGCCUUUGACACGUGCAUCUUGAUUGCCGGUGGAAGCGGCGUCACGUCGCUAAUGUCGCAGUUACUGAACCUCAUCAAGCGAAUGCGCGAUGGCAAGGCGAUCACCAAGAAGAUCGUCGUCGUUUGGUCCCUGAAGCGUCUCGAGGCGAUGGACUGGUUCCGCGAAGAGCUGCGGAUCUGCCGCGAGGCCGCACCCCCCGAGAGCGUCACCUGCAAGUUCUUCGUCACCGCCGCCGUCCGGGAACAGCACAUGGGCAUCAGCCAGCGCGCGCCUCGGCCGCUCAGCAACAUGUUCCACGACAAGCUCGACGGCUUUGUCGCGGGGAUCGCCUCGAAGCGCAACUCCACCCUCAUCAUGUCCGAGGCACAAGGCGAUGCCGACCGCGAGCGCGAGCUCCGCGCCGAGGACGAAGAUCGCAUCACAGCGCUGCCGCAGCAGAAGUACCUCCAACCCCACACUUUCCCACCGCCGCCUCCGGGCCCACCACCAAACCUCCGCGUGUCAGCAGCCGACGAGUCACUCCGCAAGCUCGAAGGCCGCGACCAUCCGAAGCACAGCCACGGCGCCUCAACAGAUAGCGGCGACGGCAGCAAGCCGCAGGAAUUCCGCCUGCCUCUCCCAAAACCCCGCCCCGAAAACGCCCCGCACUUCAACUACGCGCCGCCGGCCGCCGCCGCCCAGCACAAGCAGCGAUACAGCCAGUGGCUAGAGGCCCACUCAGAAGCACAACAAGCACAAGCCCAGGUCGAUCUCCCCGUCCGCGCGCCGGAGCUGGCCCACCUCAGGACAGACGUCGGGCGCAUCAUCCCGGAGCGGCCGCGGCCGACGAGUACGUUCGGGCCCCCCUCGGGUUUCGAGUUUGGGUUCCCUGAGACGCCGACCGACUUCCAGAAGAGCCUGAUGCGGUUCGCGUUCCCCGUGCCGCACCAGAUCGACGGCGGGUGGAGCGUCGAGUACGGGCGGCCCGACCUCGGGUACAUGCUGAGGGAGUGGGCCACGGGGGGCGCGGACGGGCGCGGCAUCCUGGGCCGGAGGACGGCCGUCUUCGUGUGCGGGCCGCCGAGCAUGCGCGUCGGCGUCGCGAACACGGUCGCGAGGCUGCAGGCGGAGAUCUGGGGGGAUGAUCAGCUCGAGGAGAUUUUCUUGCAUACGGAGAAUUAUGCGUUGUGA